AAUUUGUGCCUGCCAUUGGUCAAUUCCGGUGUUAUGAUACUGGUUUCUUGACACAGAUGAUUUGUUUACAUAGGUUAGGAUAAGUACCGUGGCAGAUUUUAAAAACAAAUAUCUUAUGUUUCACUAUUUCUCAAUAACAGCUGGUGUGCGAAAUUAAAUAUUAAGGGAGUCUCAAGGUUUUGCUCACCUGAGGUAGAGUAUCAUGAUAAGCUGCAGAUCACACUAUUUACCAAGAGUUUUCUAUUUUUUCGUAGCUGACUAUUUACCAACACAGAUGCUGGCACUAAGACCACAGUCAAUGAGCUGUAUAAAGCCAUAAGAAAAUGCUCAUCCAGAGGCGGCAUUCCUAGUGGCCGGGGGCUUUAAUGCAGGAAAACAAAUCUGUUUGACCUAAUUUCGACCAGCAUGUUACAUGUGCAACCAGAGGGGGGAAAAAAACUCUUGACCACCUUUACUCCACACACAGAGACAUGUACAAAGCUCGCUCUCCCCUUCCAUUUGGUGAAUCUGACUAUUAUUCUAUCCUCCUGAUUCCUGCAAACAAGCAAAAACAAAAGCAGGAAGUACCAGUGACUCACUCAAUACGGAAGUGGCCAGAUGACGCAGAUGCUCAGCUACAGGACUGUUUUGCUAGCACAGACUGGAAUAUGUUCCGGGACUCAUCCGAUUGCAUUGAGGAGUAUACCACAUCAGAUACCGGCUUCAUCAAAGCACAUCAAUGACAUUGUUGACCCUAUUGAUUGGAUUCAAAUUGAUGCAAAUUCUUCUGUGAUCCACGACGAGUUUAUUGCUCACAGAGUGGGUCUUAUUCCCCUUACCAGUGAUGAUGUUGUGGACAAGAUGCAGUACUCCAGAGACUGUACAUGUGACGAUUUCUGCCCAGAAUGCUCUGUUGAACUGACACUGGACGUUCGCUGCACAGAGGACCAGACUCGCCAUGUGACCUCACGAGACCUGCUGUCCAACCACCCUCGAGUUAUUCCUGUGACCUCCAAGAGUCGAGACAAUGAUCCCAAUGACUAUGUUGAACAGGAUGACAUUUUGCUGGUGAAGCUUAGGAAGGGUCAGGAGCUGCGUCUCAGAGCUUAUGCCAAAAAGGGUUUUGGCAAGGAGCAUGCCAAGUGGAACCCUACAGCAGGGGUGUCCUUUGAGUAUGACCCAGACAAUGCACUGAGGCACACUGUUUAUCCACGGCCAGAGGAAUGGCCAAAGAGUGAAUACUCAGAGAUUGAGGAGGAUGAGGUGCAAGCACCCUUUGACCCCAAUGGCAAACCUGAGAGGUUCUAUUACAACGUGGAGACAUGUGGCUCACUGCGACCGGAGACUAUCGUCAUGUCUGCUCUGGCAGUGCUGAAAAAGAAACUGAGUGAUUUACAGACCCAGCUGAGCCACGAAAUCCAGAGUGAUGUCCUCACGAUCAACUGAGUCCUGCAGUUUUAGCCAGUUCUACACUGCUCACAGAGAUCAGAAGCAGACCCAGUUCCAAAUGAUGGAUUUAUUUGAUGGUAGCAAAUUUGUAAUAUUGGCAGGAGAAAUGUUGAUCCAACCAUAUCAGCUCACCUACUGAUCGUCUGUUUCUACAUCAUCCACCAUAUUGUUUUGUCUACAUCUCUGUUUUGUAGAAGUUGUUUGUAGGAUUUUUUUUUUUUUAAUUGUAUUUUGUGUAAUGAACCUUGUCUUUUUUUCAAUAAACCCCCAUUUUCAUCCA